AUGCGUCUCUCACCCUCAUGGUACCAGUUCUUGGUGGGCGUGUUCGCCUCACUGGGUUCCUUCCUCUACGGCUAUGAUCUUGGUGUGAUCGCUGAAGUAAUUGUCUGUGAUUCAUUCACCGCGAAAUUUGCGGCGAACUCGACCCAAAGUGGGCUGGUAGUAUCCAUGUUCACAUGUGGUGCCUUCUUUGGAGCUGCGUUCGCCGGUCCCAGCGGUGAUUACCUGGGCCGACGAAAGACCAUCUCUCUUGGCUGUUUGCUCUUCUGCUUGGGUGGAGGUCUUCAGACUGGCGCCCAGAGCCUGGCUUACCUGUAUAGCGGCCGCUUCUUUGCUGGAUUCGGUGUCGGCUUCCUCACCAUGGUGAUUCCCCUCUACCAGGCUGAGAUCUGUCAUCCCAAGAUCCGGGGUCGUGUCACGGCUCUGCAGCAGUUCAUGCUCGGUGUCGGUGCCCUGUGCGCCUCGUGGAUCUCCUAUGGCACCUACAUUGGCUUUGCGGCAGAUAACGACGCUCAAUGGCAGGUGCCUCUUGGUAUUCAAAUUAUCCCGGCUGUGUUGCUGGGUUUGUUGAUUGUUCUUUUCCCCGAGUCUCCCCGUUGGUUGAUUGAUCACAACCGCCCGGAUGAGGGUCUGCGUACUCUCGCCAAGCUCCAUGCCAAUGGAAACGAACACGACCCAUGGGUGCAGGCCGAGUUCUCCCAGAUCCAGGAGAGCAUCACACACGAGCAUGAGCACGAGGCCAAGUCGUACGUGGAGCUGUUCCAGAACCGGUCUUCAUUCCGUCGUCUGUUCCUUUGCUGUGCGCUGCAAGCUUCCGUACAAAUGACCGGUGUGUCGGCUAUCCAGUAUUACUCCGUCGAUAUCUAUAAGCAGAUCGGCAUCUCCGGCGAGGCCACUCUGCGCUACCAAGCCAUUAACUCGAUUAUCGCCCUGGUGGCCCAAUUCCUCUGCAUCCUGUUCAUCGAUUCCUUCGGCCGUCGCUGGACGCUCAUCGGCGGCAACCUGGGCAACUGCGUGACCUUCAUCAUCGCCACGGUGCUACUGGCCAAGUUCCCGCCGACGACCAACAGCAGCGGCGCCCAUUGGGGCUUUAUCAUCAUGACCUGGUUGUACAACUUCUCCUUCUCGGCAACAUGUGGUCCGCUGUCCUGGAUCAUUCCGGCUGAAGUCUUCGACACACGCACGCGGUCCAAGGGCGUAUCCAUCGCAACGGGCACCUCGUUCGCGUUCAACACCAUGAUCGGCCAAGUCACCCCUAUUGCGAUGGACAACAUCCACUACCGUUACUACUUCCUGUUUGUCAUCUGUAAUUUCACAAACGCGGUGUUCUUCUAUUUCCUGCUGCCGGAGACCAAGCAGGUCCCACUGGAGGAGAUGAACUAUAUGUUCUCACAUGCGCCAUGGAUCGUCCCAGGCAUGAAGAAGGAAGAUUACCUGCCGCAUGAUCUGGAGCGCAAGGUGGAAGAGCAGGAGGUUAAGCAGGGAGUUGUGCGGCAUUACGAGUAG